CUUAUAUACUAUUCUAUCUAAAUCCUUGUUGUCAUUUCAGCAAUGUUCUCAGCAUCUUCACCAGGAGUAGACUCCAUCUCAAGAAAGCACUUUCUUUUGUCCUCUGUAAGAAGCAACUCCCUCAUCUGUUCAAGUUUUAUCAAGAGGUUGCAGCAAUUCAUUCACAUCUUUGGGCUCCACUUCUGAUUCUAGUUCUUUUGCUAUUCUACCACAUCUGUAGUCACUUCCUCCACUGAAGUCUUGAACCCUUCAAAGUUAUCCAUGUGACCAGAAAUGGAGAGAAAAGUAAGCAGAAUCCAUCUUGCUUCUGGACCCAAUAUAAUUCAUUUUCUACAAGUAUCUUGGGAGAAAACACUAGGUUCUGGUUUUGUUAUCACACUUACUGAUGGUCAGUCAGCAUGGACUGGGACAGUUUCUGAAUUAGAAAUUUCCCAAGAAGCUGAUGACAUGGCGAUGGAAAAAGAGAAAUAUGUUGAUGAACUGAGAAAAGCACUGGUGUUGGGAGCAGGACCAGCAGACACAUACAAGUUUAAUUUUUCUAAAGAGUCUUGUCAUUUCUCCUUUGAGAAAAACCUGAAAGAUGUUUCAUUCCGACUUGGUUCCUUCAAUUUACAGAAAGUUGCAAGCCCAGCUGAGGUCAUUAGAGAACUUAUCUGUGACUGCCUGGACACUGUCGCAGAAAACCAAGCCAAAAAUGAACACCUGCAGAAAGAAAAUGAAAGGCUUCUGAGAAAUUGGAAUGAUGUUCAAGGACGAUUUGAAAAAUGCGUGAGGGCUAGGGAAGCUUUGGAGAAUGAUCUUUACCAACGGUUUAUUCUGGUGCUGAAUGAGAAGAAGGCGAAAAUCAGAAGCUUACAUAAAUUGUUAAAUGAAGUUCAAGAACUAGAAAAGAACACCGAGUCUGAACGGGAAACUACAAGCUGUCCUCAAAUGAGUGCUGACAGAGAAGCAAUCUAUGAUGAAAGUACUGAUGAGGAAAGUGAAAAAUUGCCUGACCCUUCUGUUUUACCUCCAGCCACUUUAAGAAAAGAUGAUUCUGUUAUUUCAAGUCCUGAUAUAACUGAUAUUGCACCAAGUAGAAAGAGGAGGCAGCGGAUAGAAAAAAAUCUUGGAACAGAACCUAAAAUGGCUUCUAAGGAUCAUCAUCUUCAAGAAAAGGAAAAGCUUGAUCCUUCACUGCCUCAGGCAUUGGCAAAGGAGCACACCUCAGCUGAGAAUAUGUCAUUAGAAACUCUAAGAAACAGCAGUCCAGAAGACCUCUUUGAUGAGAUUUAGCUGUCUCCAAAGAGUACUUUGAUGUUUACUUGACUAUGUUUUCUGUUCAUUUCUUUAAACUGUAAAAGCAAAGUUUCAACUCAGCAGCAGCUACUUUUGCACCUUACAGUUUAAUUAUGUACACACUGAGUUUGAAACCAUUGUGCAAAAUGUAUUACACAUGUACAUGAAGAUAUGAUUUGAUGAUUGAUACAUUAUUCUAUUCAUUCAGCAUGUCUAUAAUUACUUAAAAUCUCAGACUUUUUGUUGCAAACUACACAUUUAUCUUAUUCAAUUCACACAUGUGCAGUAGCUGUCUAACAGCCUGUCUAGGAAGAUUUUGGAAAUAGGACAAAUAAAUCAUCUUUUUAAAAAAGUUUGCAGUUCUUUUUUGAAUAGUCAUAUUUUGAACAAUGCUGUCUCGGUAUUUUAAUUUGUAGGAUAAUUUAUGAAGCCUAUUUUUAGUUUGUACAUAAACAGUCUGAAGACUUGAUAAUAAAAUUUCUGAUGCAUCGAAGAUUUAGAAUUUUUUAUAAAAAAUUUAGCUUAACUUGUUCCUUUGCUACAGUCACACGUCUUAAUAAAGUGCUUACUAAUGUAAUGGUAAUCCCCUUUUUUUGUCAAACAAAAGCAUGUAUUUCAGGGAUUAUUGAUAAAAGACAGAUUUAGCUUAUACAUACAAGAGCCUACCUUGAUAACAAGAACCUAUUUACUGAUUUAUGCUCAAUAACAUCUGACACUUUUUUUUCAUAUCUAUUUCUACUUUCUUAUCUUUCAUUCUGUCUUCAUUUUUCUCCAGCUGAACAUCCAUUCCCUCCACAGUACUUCAGCGUUAACAAUGUGAAAGUUAACCAGGUCACCAUGUUGCUGCAUCAAAAUGGUCAAUUCUCAUUCCUCUUGUUACUUACACCAACUUUUAACACACUCAAUUGCUCCUCCUUCAGGAAACAUUUUCUUCACUUGACUUUUACUGUAUCAUGUGCUGUUUAUAUUCUUCCCUCUUCCUAGCCACUCAUUUUUUAGACUUCUUGGCUGACUCCUUCUCAUUUGUCCCACAGUUAAACAUUGGCAUGCCCUGGACUCAAUCUUCUGCUCUCUCUUCUCCAUUACCCCCAUUGUCUUCAAAGAUUAUCUAUGGCUUUAAAUAUCAAAUCUCACUACAUCUUGCCAUCUUCUUUCAAAUCCAGAUGAGUACAUCUAUCUACUUGAUAUCUUUAUUUGGAUGUGUAACAUAUCCAAAGCAGAGAUUUAAUUAUAUCCUGACCAUCAUUUCUUCCCCAGGCUUCUCAAUACAGUAAACUACACUACCAUUUACCUAGUUGCUUCAGGCUAAAAACCAGCAAUCCUCUUCUGUGCCUCUCCUUCCCAACCCCUAACAUUCUGUAAUUUGUAAUACCUCCAAAAUACAACUUGAUUCUAUGUACUUCACUCCAUCUCUACUAAAACUGCCUCCUGACUGGCCUCCCUGCUUAUUCCCAUACUCCCUUAUGAUCCAGCCAAACUAAAUAAAAAAUCUUAGAUAUAGUCAUUUCACCAUAUGGAUUAAAACCUUCUAAUAGCAACUCAUUGCUUUUUUAAUAAAAUCAAGACCCCUUACCUUGGCCUACACAGUCUGAUAUGAUUUGGACACUGCCUCCCUCCUCAAUCUUAUUUCCCACCUUUUUUUUUACUCACCUUCUCCCCUUGCUAUCCCUCAAGUAGUCCAGAUCUCACAACUGUUGUGUUGCUGGUCCCCCUGCCUGGAGUGCUCAUAUUCACACAGUUUGUUUCUUGUCAGCUUUCCGGUCUCGAAUCAAAUGUCACCUCAUCAAAGGUACCUUUCCUGAAAUGUCCUUUUUAAGGUUGUGCACCCCUCCAGUCACUCUGUCUCAUUAACAUUUUUUUCACUGUGUACAUCACUGUCUUAAUUAUUUUUCAUGUCUCUUUCUGUUUCCCAAAAAAGAAGUCCCAUCAAAGCAGAGGCAUGGCUGUCUGCUUUAUCUCUCUGUUCCCAGCACCUACAACAGGUCCAGGUUCAUAGAGACUUAGUAAAUAUUUGAUGAAUGAAUAAAUGCAUUUCUGUCACAUAGUAAGCACUCAAAUGUCUCUAAGUUACUCAACCAUAUUGAUAAGAAGUUUAUUAAAAAUUGAAAUUUAGCCUGAUGAUUUGAUACAAAGAAAUAAUUGUUCAGAAGUUCAAGUACCUUUUGUGAUAAAGUAAUUAGACAUAAUACAUACAUACAUAUGUCUAUGUACAUGGGUUUGACUACAGAAUGAGAAAGAAAUUAUACUUUAUAGUUUAUCUCAAGAAAGAUUUGAUUAAGCCAAUGGAAUAGCAAAACAUUUUUAAACAGAAAUUUUACUGUAGUUUAUUUCCAUAGUGGCUUACAUUUAAAAGGGAAAACUUAAAAAUUAAAAUAUAAAUCCAAAUAUAAGUAUAUAAAAUAUAAAUAUAAAAUUCAAUUUGGCCACACUGGAACUUCACUACAAUAUUACACUUGGUAAAUCCAUGAUUUCUAUUGAAUCUUUCCAAGGGAAUUUUGUAUAUGAAGUACCACAAUCUCAAAAUAAUAUUAUCUCACCUGA